GUAUGAAAUUACGACACCUUUUUGCUUUUGCAAAAUAAACCUAAAAGACCACUUGCCCGCUGUGUAUCGUUAAGGGAAGUGAGGUGGUUAAAAGCCCUCUACUCACAACUCUGAAAGGAUAAUAAACACGUAUUUUAGUAUUUUUGCUUGAAAUACGUAUAAAGUAAUCAUGUCCUAAGCGGUCUUAACUUGCUAACGCCUGCUAACUUCAGUAGCUUUCUGAUGGACGUUUCACCACGGUUACCUAGCAGCCAGACUCUGCCUGUGCAGUUGCCAGUCCUGCUCCAGACGCUCAGCGCUGCCGUGUGGGCUACAUUAUUAAUGAUGCCACCGAAACUAAACCUGUCCAUGUGUAAACCAUAUGUCAAGAAAGAAAGAGACAGAUAUAGUGUAGCUAGUUACAAGUCGAUGUUAGGAGCAGGACCAUGGCUGUGGAUCGGAUCAAUUUAAAACUGUUGUAGCACUGCUGCUGAGGGACCGAUUCAAAACCCGAACAAGGCGUCCAUGGAGGGAGAACCGGAGGAAUCAGAUGAGGAUGUUCGGGGAGGGGACAAGCCCACUGUACUCUGGGAGAAGUGCAUUCAGCAGAGCAUCUUUGUUGACCUGAGUGAGGAUGAAAGUCUCCACAUUAGUGAUCUGGAGAGUUCUUUAGCCUUACAUCUGUCCCGGGUGGAGUCUGCUGCCUCGGAGACCAGCAUCCACCUCAGUGCAGGGAGUGCAGAGCUGUCAGCCAUAGAUGUCACCUCCUCAGAGUCCAGUAUUGUUAGCAGUCAGAGUGAGAGGGUGGUAGAAAACAAAAGCAGCAAACAGCAUCUGUCUAGCCAAAGACCAAACACCAGGCUAGAUGAACUUCCCUUAAACCCAGGGUAUGAGGACCCGGGGCAGAACACUAGUGAUGAGGAUCAAGACGACCUGCCCUAUGAUGGUGACCUUGGGAGCCUGUACUUCAACCAGACGGCUAACUCUGAGGGCAAAAUGACCUCUGAUGGAAGAGAAACUGUUCAUGCAAGUCCUGAUGUUCCUGGUUUGCUUAAAUGUAACAGAAGAGAUGGAGAUGAUGCUGUUGAACACUCGGUUUCUGUAAAAUGUAACCCUGAAAAAUCGGCGUCUUUGGAGAAUGCCAAACCCAAACAGGACAACAUUUUUGAUGCUUCAAAGCCAGGUAAUGUUACCUCAUUGUGCCCCUGCCCUGCAGACAUUAACCAGUUGCUGCUGCGACACUUCUCUCAGGAGGAGUUGCUACAGUCCUGCAAGCUGAUUGAGGCAGAGACCCUGCCAGAGGUUUCCCUGCUGGAGAGUGUGGAUGACACUGUUUUAAACUGGAAUCCACUAUCCAAUAAUACAACAAUCACUAGUGACUGCUCAGAUAGCCUUUCAUGCAAUUCUGAAAUCAAACAGAGUUUCUGUUCUGGCAGGACUGAUGACAAGAGUAGGACUGCAUCCAGGAAUUCAAGUUUAGAGCAAGAAGCAGAAAGGAAAGUUGAAAAUGUCACCUCUGCUGCUACUGACAGCAUUACAUCCAGCUCUGCAAAUAUAGACUCAAAGCAGGGCAGUGGGGAUACAAAUGUCAUGGAUGUAUCAGAGCUGGAAAAACCCGAAGAUGAUCAGAUUCUAAGAGUCCCACUUCUGCGCACUAGGUCCUUCAAUGAGAUGAAGUAUGGCCAAGGUCAAGUCCAUUACCCACUCCCUGAUUUCUCCAAAGUUGCUCCCAAGGUAAAAAUACCCAAAGUUUCAAGUGGAUCAGCCAGACCUGCUUCUCAGAUCCCCAGUACCAUGCACAGAACCCAGUCCUCUCCAGGGAUGCUAGAGGUGAUCAGCAGAGUCCUGGAGGAUUCAGUCCAGCCACCAGAGAAGCCCUACGUCUUCAAAGAUGAGCACAGGUCUCCUCCAGCACUAGUGCAUCACCUGCAGGCUGAAUAUGAUAAAUUAUUAACCAAAUAUGCUGAGGCAGAGAACCUUAUAGAUCAAAUGAGAGUAGGAACCAGAGCUCAGCCCUCCUCAGAACUGAUGCUUUAUUUAGAGUGUGAUGAUGAUCAACAGGUAAACUUACCUGCCGCUGAGGGAAGCCAUCUUGGAUCCUUGGCUCUUCACCUUCCCCCAUCAGGAGAAACUACCCCCCAGAGCAACUUUAAAGAGAUGAGCACAGCUUCUUCCAUCCAGCCUGAAGAGGGUCCCAGUGAUGGGGAAAGAAUGACUGCUGAGCUGAGAGACAUCAUCAGCCAGUUCAUGCAGAAGGUGGAAGAAUUCAAAUUGAGUGUAAGCAACAUAUCAGUCAGCACAGCAGAACAGCAAAUGAUGCUGAGGAGCAUGAUGGAGGCUCAGGACCAGCUGGAAAGAAAAUACAUCAGUAAGAAGGAGGAGCACAGAGCUCUGGAGAUGCAAAACUACAUGGGCCUGUCCAGGAAUACUGGCACCUUCGACCCAAACAGGCUGGUGGAGGGAGACAUAUUCAGGAUAGGGAUGUUCCUUGAGGACAUAAAAGAAAUGAUAGAUAAAAAUAUGUGUGAGCAGAUUACCCCACCCCACUCAUCCUCCACUCCCAUACCCAUGAAUGAGGUGCUGCAUGUGAAGCCCACUCCUCUCUGCAUGUCUACACUCUCACCUACACCAUCCCAGCAAGAGGGGCCAAGUGCAGGUUUUUUCACUGUGGGUUAUAAGAUGGAGACACGGGAGGAGGAAGAAAAAGAGGAGCAAGUGGAGGAUGCCAGUGAGGUCCAUGGAGAAUUCCUAACAAGUGACUCUUUACUGAAAAAUACUGGACACAGCAGCUAUGUUUCAAGGCGCUCACUGGGCUCUCUGGAGGGACUGGACAUCCAAACAGCUGAGGCUGAAGCGGAGAGGAGCUCCAUCUUGUCAGAGGUGACAGAUCACAGUAACAUCUUAGAAUUCUUGAGUGGAACGAGGUCAUCCUCGGAACAGAGACAUCACACACCUGACAGUCGUAGCACCCCAGCUAGUGUCCUUAGCCCAGUGGGUGAAUGUGAUCUGGGUGAUUGUGUGAGUCUGGCUGUUGAGGUCUCCUCCUCUGAUGCACCCAGAGACCCGGACUCCCACAGCCUGUCAGAGCCUCCUCUCAACACCUCAUCUGUAUUGCAGAGGAUUGUGAGCCCAGAGACAGACAGCGGAUUUGGGAGUUCUUACUUGAAUCAAUCAGCUUCUGGACCAUUUCAAUCAACUCUGCUGACAGAAAGUGUGCACUCCCAGAAAGAGGCUUUAAGUAGCUCAGACAGUGAGGGCUCCUGCUCCAAUCUUCAGACAGCCAUCCAUUCAGCCAGCCUCACCAGCCAGAAGUGGGCCAGUCCCCACCCAUCUGUCAAAAUACAGUCCCGUGGUGCAGCAGUGGCAGUGCAGCAGUGGGUGGAGAGCACCACUAAGGAGCCUUCAGUCAGCCUGCAGGACCAAACAGGAUCUGAAUGGACCCCACCGGCCCGGCUCCAUCACCGCGUAUCUGAACCCAUACUCAGCACCACCAUGGAUACAGAAGAGAGAGGCAGCCCACUGUACUCCUGCUCUUGCAACAGUGAGGCCAUCCUGGCCUUGCAGUCGGAGGUGUCCAGGCUGAAGAAGGACCUGGAGGAGGGCUUGGUCCAGCUGCCUCACCUAGCGCAGAAGAUGGACUACCUCACAUCCAAAUACAGACUGCAGGAACCCAGGUCUAAAACCAGACCCCAGAGCCACCACAAGCCAGCCUGCAACAGUGUUUGGAAGCCAUUGAGUAGCACACAGGAUGUGAGCAAUGUGAGCUCCAGUCAAGUGAGAAUAGAAGACUGGAUCUCUUCAGACAUGGACCCCAGCAAUGGCAAAGGUACAGAUAGUGACACAGCUGGCUCUGAGGUCAUGUUGCAGUUCCCUGAUUGGCCUGUCAGCAGGUGGAGAUCACCUAAGUUUCAAAACAAACUUCAUGGGGCACUGCAGUCCAGCAGAGGGUCAGAGGGAAAAGGUUCAAUUAAAUCCUCCGCUCUGACCAGCUCCAGUUUAAAAGAGAAGGCUUCUUACAGCCAUGCCAAGCAGAGACCACAAACAGCCAUCACGGAGAGUUUUUACUCCAAGGAGAGAUGGUCUCUUUUCUCCUCUCCAUCUCUUCAGAAGCCCCUUCUCCAGGUCAGCUACGCCUCCUCCAGCAGCCUGCCUGCAAGCUAUAAAGUGAGGGAGCCGCCAGUGCAAUCCACGUCCCAUGGCAGAAAGCGCUCCACCCAGUCAGACACGGCACUCCUGCCCAGCAAUGUGUACUUCCAGCGGACACUGUCAGGGCCCUCUAAGACUGGCAGCAGGACGGGCCGAAGCAGAGGGAGCAAGUGGAAUGUUGUUUUUCUAGGAGGAAGAAAUGAACAGGACUCUGGACCAGGCUAUUGAGAUGGCCCACAACAUGAAGAGGACCACAGAACGAAUGGCCAAGAGACUGUCAGCUGACCUGGCCAAGGCUCAGCUUCACAGGAAACAGAACAGCAUGCAGCCACUAGGGGGCAGGAAACACCAUGCAUUAUAACAACAGAAGCCUUUUUCUGUCAUCGUCAAUUAUCCAUCCCUACCAUACCUGAUGCUGAUGAAGAAUUAUUCAAGGAUGUGUCUGUGUUAAGUUAUUGCUUUUGUAUGUGCUUGUAUAUUUACAUUGAAAAGUCUGAUUGCACUGUAAAAAUAAAAGCUUAUAACCUUUA